UUCUUGUUACGGUGUAUCACGCACCAGUUUGCUUACAGUAAAGCCUGUCUUUCCUGUCCCUGCUAUUUUAAGGUUUAUAAAUUCCUUCAUGCUUUUUUUUAGUGGUUUCUGGGUUUGGCCCCCAGGUGCUUCCCAGCUGUGAGCCUUUCCAGCGAGCCUACGUCAGAACCAGUCUCACCUGUGGACGCGUUUACAACGUCCCGCCCCAUUUUUCGCACACUGGCCAAUCAGCAAUGAACGCACCUCUUGUCAAGCGUUUAUGCAGGCAGACCUGCUGCUGCUCUGCUGCACUAUGCACACAGCAGUAGAGCGGGCAGGUCAACACCAGCUGUGGGUUUAGUGUAAGGGUUUUGGAGAUCAAACUCAUCUGAUCUGCGGCUAGAUCAUUUAUUAUUCUUAUUAUUAUUACUGCUGCAAGAAUCUGCACCUUAGAGAUGGCAAAACCAACCGGGAGGAGGAAGAGUCAACUGCCAGACCUUUACUAUGAGGGUUACCUGGAGAAAAGGUCCUUCAAAGACAAGACUUCUCGCAAACUGUGGACCUGCUUGUGUGGGAACACGCUUUUUUUCUUCAACGAGAAGAGGGACAACGACUAUACAGAGAAGCUGGAUCUCACUGGACUGAUCUCGGUGACGGACGACAGCAGCCAAGACGCACAUCUGGAUGCGGCCAGAUUCAAUGUUCAGACGACGAGGGGGAACAUCAAGUUCACUGCCCCAAAUGCAGAAUCUCGGGAACUCUGGAAGGGAUUUAUGUACUCUGUGGCCAAGCUGCAAGUGCCCGUCUCCCUGAACCUGCUGCCAGGCCAAGUCCACAUCCUGAGAGAGACGGUCCAAAAAGAGAGGCAGCGACUGGAGAACCUAAACCCACCUCCAGAGCCGAGCCCUCCUACCGAUGUCGAUACGGGGAAAACAGAAAUGCCUGCUUGUUACUACGAGGUGCCCCGUCUGGAGGCCGAACUGCUGCUGGAGAGAGAAGCCCACAAAGGAAACCUGCUGCUGAGACCUGGGAGAGACGGACGCUCCUUCGCCAUGACCACCAGACAGGAUCUAGAUGGACCUGUUUUCAGACACUACCGCCUAGUUGCUAACGCAAACGGAGGCUUCUAUAUCGAUGUGGACAAACCCGUGCACUUUGACACGCUGCACGACGUGAUCGCCUACAUGGUGGAAAAGACCGAGAGAACCCUCACCCCCCUUAACAUCGAGGAACAGUACGACAAGAAUAUCUGUUUCAUUUUAUCUGAUCAUGAAAACGGAGAGAGGAGCCUGCACCCUCUGCUAGAGUCUGACCCUGCACCAGAGGAUCCCAUGCCAGGUACGGGAAAUGCGACACCUGCUGAGCCAGAAAAAGUCGCAGAGCGAAAUGCACCUGCCACUGAUAAGGAGGAGACAGAAGACGACGAGACGGAUCUUUGUUCCCCUGGUCCAACUCCACCGAUACCAGAACCGAGAACACUAGUGGUGCCUCCAUCUCCUGCUCCACGCAAGAAUAUCCCCGGCUCCGCCAAUUCAGCCGCCAAACCCUCAAUCCCCGCCAACCGCCCUGAGAAGUCCAGGAUAGUCUUAAGUCCAGAAAUGAAGAAGCAGAUUCACCCAGCAGCUUUAAUGGAGCUGAAACUGAAGCUGGGGCAGAAGCAGAAGAACUAGGACUGCCGUCUCCUGCAGCAACAAACCCAGAGCAGAACGGAGCCACGACCAAAUCCUCCGCUGCACGAGGCCGACAACCAGGAGUCCUUUCCCUCCUCCUCCUCCUCCUCCUCCUCCUCCUCCUCCUCAAUUAGCUGUCAGCAGCAAAGCCUCUCAGCAGAUUAACAUGGGAUUGAUUUGCUUCUCUUGGAGAUUUAUUAGCAAAUCAAUCGACUGUGAAGCUGGGUGGACAAAUUAGCUUCUCGUUUCUCUUGUCCAUUUUGCACAUUAGCCAUCGACUAAAUCGUCUCAGACUUCCAGUUGGUGUUUACUUCUCAUUCUUGGGACCACAUGUUGGAUUAUAUUUUAUUUCACCCACCUUUGCAUACAGUAUUAUAUUAGUGGGGGCUAAAAGCUGUGUGCCACACGAUGGUUUUCAGCCUCUGUUUACAGUGAAUGUGACAAACCUGAAAUUAGGGAUGAGAUUCACUUGUUUUAGGUUUUUUUUUUUUUUUCUUUCAAUGUAAAUGUAAAGUAGACCAAAAUGCUUGCUUUUCUCAUCAGCCCUGCUAUGACAAAGCAACUUCUAGUAUGUGCCAUGCGACAUUUAAAACAAUAUAUAUAUAUAUAUAUAUAUAUAGUGAAUUAAUCAGUUGUACAGUUCCUGUAAUCUAUUUCCAUGUACACAUUUUUGUUAUUGCUUCUCCGUUUUCUGAAUAAAAAAGGAUCUCCGAAGACCAAGUGUUCUCACUCCUUUAUUACCG